AUGAGGCAGCUGCAGGAGAAGUGCCGAGAGCAGAGACAGCCCCUGUACCUGGCCUUCAUUGACCUGACAAAGGCCUUCGACUUGGUCAGUCGAGAUGAACUAUUGACCCUUCUCCAGCGGAUUGGAUGUCCCCCCAAGCUUCUGAGCAUAAUUGUGUCCUUUCACCAGGACAUGUGUGGGACAGUCCAAAAUGGAGUGAAGCACGGCUGCGUCCUUGCUCCAACCCUCUUUGGCAUCUUCUCCCUGCUCCUUUCCUAUGCCUUCCGGGAAUCCGACGACGGCGUUUUCAUUCACACAAGAAGCGACGGAGACUUCUUCAAACUGGCUCGCCUUCGUGCAAAGACAAAGGUGAAUAGGGUGCUCAUCAGAGAGCUGCUCUUUGCUGAUGAUUUUGAAGAAGACCCAGGUCAGGACUUCAGCAGUGCCCCCAGCGUAUCCAUCAGAGACCACACCCUCGAGGUGGUGGACAAGUUCACCUACCUCGGGUCUACUAUCUCCAACAACCUAUCCCUUGACCCUGAGCUGAACACCAGGAUCGGCAAGGCUGCAUCUGCAAUGACUCGCCUGACAAAGCGAGUGUGGGACAACACCAUGCUCAGCACCAACACUAAGAUGACAGUCUACCAGGCUUGCGUGCUGAGCACUCUCCUCUAUGGCAGUGAAGCGUGGACCCUUUACUCCCACCAGGAACGCAGGCUGAGCGCCUUUCCCUUGCGCUGCCUUCGCAGGCUGCUCGGCAUCACUUGGCGGGACCGCGUCACCAACAUCGAUGUCCUGGCCGAGGCGGGGAUACCGAGCAUGUUUGCCAUCCUGACCCAGAGACACUUGCGCUGGCUGGGCCAUGUCACCCGAAUGGAUGACAGGCGCAUCCCCAAAGACGUGCUGUUCGGGGAGCUGGCCACAGGCACCAGGCGAGGAAAGAGAACGAGAAGUGCCAGUUCCAUUGCCGUGAUCGCAUCAGUAAUGUCUGUAAAAUUCAAGUGUCUCUGGUUCUUUUGUUCUGUCGCAUUCCUUGUCAUCGAGGUAACGUUUUUAAAUUACCACUGGCAGCGCGACAACGACCCGCGCCUUGGAUUCGCUGGCCGCGCGAGUGACUGGGGAAAUGGCGCCGCUGACAGCGCGAGGAGAGUGAGCGAGUGUCGGUCGAUGUUCGAAAUGAACAGCGACGAGAAGAGGGUUUCCCGUGACACCGACCACUACGAGGACCUGAGUGUCACGUUGCCCUUUCACCCUCGCCAUCGCGGGGCCUCGCAGUCUCCUUCAGGGACGCUGGGGCCGCGGGCUCUUGGCGCGGAGGACCCGGAUCCCCGCCCAUUCCCGACAGGAGGAAGGCUCCCCUACCUUCCGUGCCAGCUGCAGGAGUACGGGCCCGAGCUCACCCUUGACUGCAUGAGGGCAAGGCUUGGCCAGGGCAGGAAGCUGAGGAUCUUGUUUGCCGGAGAUUCGAAAAUUCGCAAUACCUUCUUUAAGUUUCUUAACGUUACCAAGAGCAUGCAUUACAUUAUCUCGUACCAGAACACUUCAGGCAGUCUUGAGGACGUCCUAAGCAAAUUGGAUGAAAUCAUGUGGACACAUUUUGACGCUGUGUCAAAGGUCAACCCAAGCCUACGUGUUUCCAUGCGAUUUUGCACGUUUCUAGUGAGCUCCUCCUCGACUUUUGAGUAUCGAGAGGACGUCCAGCUCCUGAAGAGAUUGGCGGCGGGGACUGACCCGGCUCCUGAUCUCUUGGUGACUGCAUACUCCACUUGGACACUGGGAGAGAUGGACUGGGGACACGUUAUUCCUUAUCUCAGUGUCUUGGACCUCAUGAGAGAAGGACUCUCUCGAGUGGUCCCACUGCUACAUCGCAUAUCACUGCGAACUCGCGUCCUUGUGCUGUCGGAGAGUCGCCUAAAGCCCUUUGCGCCUCAUGUGAACCACAUGCGACCCGCCAUCUUCUCUGACAGCAACAUCGAGUGGAGUGAUAUGAUAUUCUUCCACUACCUCCGGGAUGAAGAAAAAUCCCGGAUCCGAGACGGACGGUCACCCUCGGGCUCUCGGACUGAGAGGGACUGGCUGAAGGCCGACUCGGAGGGCCUCUGGUGGUGGGACUCGCUCCUGCCCCAUGGUCUGGCCGUUAGGGCUCUGUGCGCGGAUUUGCACAUGCAAAACCUCACUCUCACGCCGCUGUACGCUCACUUGCGAUGCGACGACACAAACCACGACGGCGAGACAACACUGGAAGAGGGAGUGACUAUGUUGCUCAAUCUUAUAUGCAACACUGCUACCAGUUUACACGUCGACAACUAUUGUUGCCAAUAGCUGGCUAAUCAUUGCUCUAAAUAUAUAACCUUUGUUCGGAGCUGCACUAUUUUUACAGCUGCAGCACUCUCCCUUUCCUGUACAUAUUAAAAAUACAAAACUG